AUGCAUCGCCACCAUCAGCACAAUCGACACUUGGAAACCUACACGGUAGAACCGGGAACCGAGACCGGGUUGUACUACAUUUUGGUUGCCAACCUCGCUCAUCGGACGACUUGGAGGGAUCUAAAGGCAUUUGCUUCCCAAGCCUGCGAAGUGGAUCAUGCUGAGGUUUACCCUCCGACCUCUGGUUUCGUUCGGGUAAAGGGCCGGGCCAAUUUCGAGAAGGCAAUCAGGUAUCUCGAUGGCAACACGCUCGAGUACCGCGCUCUUCAGGCGGAUGGGAGGAACUUGAAUCAGCCGACUGUCGUCAAGCUGCCUCCAAACGACUUCCACGCGGAGAGAAUCCGUCGAGGUGGUAGUGUGAGAGUGUUCGACGAGCCCGACGCUCCAGCCUUAGACCCCAAUGUUUCUCCUGAACCAUUUUCCCACGGAACAAGCGCUGGAAGUGGGAAUUCAUAUUUGGAUUACCAGGGCAGCGCCAGCUCGGCACUCGACGCAGCGCCACAGGCAGACGUGAAGUGGCGUUAUGUUAUGGCUUCCUCUUAUGUCCCCGACGAAGACUACCAACCGGCGAUGCCGAGCACAACCCUCAUAUCAUCUGGCCCCAUGGCAUACCAGGUGAUGGCACCCUCGAACCACGGCUUUAUCUGGCCGGUGGCGACCGGUCCUCUCCCCACAAGCACCCCGUCUGUAAUGUACCGGACGGCCCCAGGCCCAUUGUCCGUCAUCACCCAUCCCGCGGCGGCACAAUACGACGCCUCCGCCUCAAACUUCCCGCCAGGAGCCGCGUACAGUGUGGAAGGACAAACCUACGCCAGAUAUUACCAGCGGCCUCCCGAAGGCACGAGCUACUUACCCUGGCUGCCCGACGCAGCUGCAUCGGCGCCAUCACAGCUAGAACAGAUUGUCACCACCACCACCUCUCGCAACAUCAAAGAGCAACCAGGCGCCGCCGCCAAGGAACAGCAGCGGAAGAUCGUCAUCUACAACCUCGAGCGCGAAAACCUCUCCGAGGCCGUCGUCAUGUCUCAUCUCGUCCGGCUCACAGGCAUUGACACAGCAACACCAGGCCAGGUCGAGAAGAUCGAGCUGUCUGCCAGCAGCAGCGGGAGGCCAAGGGCCUUUGUCACGUUCAGCGCGGCAGGACUAGCCGCUGCAGCCGUCGCAUCACUAGACGGGUGCGUGGUGGGCGGAAGCAAGUUGUCGGCGCGUGUGCUCGGCGAGGGGAGCACGGCACUCGGAGGAGUCGGCGGAGGUAGCCGGCGUGGGAGGCGGAUGAUGCAAAGCAAGCCUUCUUCGGGUGCGGGCGCAUCAUUAUCGAGGUUUGGGAAGGACGCUGGCGGGUUGUCGAAGCCGUCGCACUCACAGGGGCAUCCGUCGUCAUUGGGAGCUUCGGGCUCUCUUGGGUCGUCGGGCUCUAGCGCCUCGAUGGCUGUGGCUGUGAGAGAGGCCGGCGUCCAGGAGAAGAACAAGAAGGAAGAGCGUCCUGUGAUUGUGGAUGGGAGCGGAGGGCGGUGGAAGAGGAAAAUGACGCCGGUUGUGGUGGAUGGGAGUGCUGGCGGGAGGAAGGUGAAUGGAGGGGAGCGAGGUGCUCGCUAG